AUGAAAAGGAAAACAAAAUCGCAUAAAUCCACAACGAUUAGUGAACAUGAAUUGUAUAUUCUCACAGCCCGUACGCAUUGGCAAAUUGCUCGAAACCACCUUUCUCAACUGGUGGACCAUUGUUCGCCUGCUGGGGUGCUUGUUGAUAUUGCAAAUUGUAGGCUAGAGGAUGGAUUUUGAACCCAUACAGUUUCUUCAGAGCUGCUCAUUGUUUCCGAAACUGAUACGUGUGACGGCGCACUCUGUUCAGUAGCGGAAGCAGAAGCAGAUCCAGCUGAAGAAUGCGGUAGUUCUCUCCACCGAGCAGAGGCCGUGGCGACGGUACUAGUAAGUAGACCGCGAACAACAGGUCCUGAAGCAUUUAGAAAAGAAGGUUCCAGCUCUUGCAGCAACUAUAGCACCGUACACGGAAUGGAGUCGAUAAUGGACUUCAUGCAUAGUAAGAGCUUGAACAGGUAA